GGAAGACAGCGCGAGCGUCAGCAGGCCCAGCUGGGGGCGCCACGUAGGCCUCCCGCGCAACCGCAGCCAGGAAGCGGCUCCUGCCGCCGCAUAAAAAAGAAAGCAGCUUCGAGCGCCUUGGUUCGAAAUGGCGACGCGUGGCGUGAAAUUUGGCCUCCGCUUUCAGGAGGAAGCGGUUUGCUUUCGUUAAACUCAAAAAGCAGGCAAAUGUGCAAGACUAAAAUGGCUUCCGCGACCAACCCGACUGCGGCUGGCUCAGCUGCCGUUGGCCGUUCGGAUCAAGAAAACCUGAUUAAACCCAAACCACUGCUUAUGAAACUUCUACAGUUUGCUGGUGCAGAAAAGGAUACUUUUACCAUGAAGGAGAUUUUGUUCUAUAUUGGCCAAUAUAUUAUGUCUAAACGUCUAUAUGAUGAAAAGCAACAGCAUAUUGUCCACUGUGCAAAUGACCUUCUGGGGCAUCUGUUUGGAGUACAGAGUUUUUCUAUAAAAGAACACAGGCAAUUAUAUUUGAUGAUUUCCAAAAACCUGGUAACAGCCACCCAGCAAGGUAAGGAAGACUCUAAUAACAUAGCUGUGAAUCAGUCCAGAUGCCAACUAGAAAAUGGAAACAUUCUAAAGGAAACAAUACAAGAAGCCACUGAAGCAACUACUUCCCGAAGAACAAGAUCCAGUGAAACAGAAGAAAGUGCUUCAGAAGAUAUAAAUUAUGAAAGACAAAGAAAAAGACAGAAAUCCGACAGUAUUUCUCUUACAUUUGAUGAAAGUCUUAAAUGGUGUGUAGUAGAUUGUGAGCGAAGCAACAGCAGCAGCUCAAUCAAUUCCUCACCAAGUCGAGAUCAUGCCAGUUUAAGUGAAAAUUCAGACUGGUUAGACGAGGAUUCGAUUUCAGAUCAAUUCAGUGUAGAGUUUGAAGUUGAAUCUAUCUACUCAGAAGACUACAGUCCUAAUGAAGAAGGGUUUGAACUAACAGAUGAGGAUGAUGAAGUAUAUCAAGUAACUAUAUAUCAGACUGAAGACAGUGAUAUAGAUUCAUUUGAUGAAGACCCUGAAAUUUCACUAGCAGAUUAUUGGAAAUGCUCAAAAUGCAAUGAAAUGAAUCCACCUCUUCCAUCCCAUUGCCCAAGAUGCUGGACUCUUCGGAAGGAUUGGCUUCCUGAUAAAAAGACUGAGACAGCUAAGAAGAGCACAUUUCUAAAUCCCUCAUCAUUAUAUCCUGAGGAGGGCUUUGAUGUUCCUGACUGUAAGAAAGGGAAAAUUAAUGAGGAUAAGGAAGAAGAAACUGCAGAACAAAGCCCUGAAUCUCAGGAAAGUGAAGCAUAUUCACAGCCAUCUACAUCUAGCAGUAUGCUUUGUAGUAGCCAAGAAGACUAUAAAGAAUCUGAGAAAGAAAACAGUGAAGACAAAGAAGAAAGACUGGAACUGGGGCAGCCUGUCUCCAGUGUAGAGCCUUGUGUCAUAUGUCAAACAAGACCUAAAAAUGGUUGCAUAGUACAUGGAAGGACAGGACAUUUAAUGUCAUGUUUUGUAUGUGCAAAAAAGCUGAAGAAAAGGAACAAACCUUGUCCAGUCUGUAGGCAGCCUAUUGAGAUGAUAAUACUAACUUAUUUUUGCUAGCUGCAGUAUAAGCGACCGUUCCUAUAUGAAGAAUAAAUAACACAAUGCAAUUUUGAAUGUUUACAGGCAUAUAUUUAUUUUCCAAGUUUCCUCCAAUAUUUUUAUUGCAUCUGAGUGGUUAUUGGCUAGCAAGCUAAGAUUAUCUCAAAAAGAGCUUAAAGCUGACAUGAAAAAAACUAGUUCUGACAGAUCCCUUAAUGCAGAUUAAAACAAGAAGGAGGCAGUUGUUUCGGGAGCAAGUUUUACAAUCUGUUCCCAAUGUAAAAGCGCUCUACCUUUGCCUCAAUGAAUCCAAAGUUUUGGUAGAGUUACGUUCUUUAGGCUACCAUACGUGUAUUUCUUUGGUGAAAUUAUAAAGGAUGACUUACAUUUGUGCUGUAGUCAAGUAUUAUGGCAAGAAUUCUGUUUAAAAGGUUUUUAGAACUAAUUCUAAAAGUCACUGAAAUAAGAUGAAGCAUCCCAAGUACUUAACUAUUGUAACAUUCACAGCAAGCAAAUAGUAUACAAUGAAGUGUGAGUUGCAAUCUAUAAUUUACAAAUAAACAACCUUUGCUUUUG